AUGGCGCUUCUGGUGCAGGUGCGCCAAGCAUGGAUCGUGCCCGCCUGGUCGCCGCUCCUGGCCGCACCACGCUCCAACGCGCUAGCGGUAACGGUUGCUGGGAGCUUGGGCGAAGGAGAUGCGGGGAUGGACAGCAGCGUAGUGAGAGCUCGGCUAAGCAAGCCCAUCGGGCUCAUGCUAGCGGAGAAGGAAAUAGGCAAGCCCGGCCUGAGAGUGGACGAUAUGGUCGAGGGAGGGAGCGCCGAGAGCCAUCUGAGGAUCUAAAGAACACACACACAUAAAACGAGAAAAAGGUAUCCAAGAGCCCGAAGAGGUACACCUAAAAAUCUCUGCAGCACCGUAUGAGUGCCCAAAAACUGAACUGCACGUCCGUCCCACCGUUCGACUACAGCAGUAGCAUCACCCCCUCCCUGUCCCACUCUAUACCAAAACGGAAGGUUGCCGACUACAGCAUACUGCUGUCUGAAGUGCUGUCUG